CAAUAAUCAACAUGGGGUGUAGUCAUCUUGCUCCACGGCAGCCACGAUUCAGUAGAUGAGUCUUUUUCUUUCCUUCAAACAUCGCCCAUAAACAACCUAAAUGUACAUUUGAAUGGUCCAGCUACAGGUAACCAUGGCCCUCAUCAGAUUCGGAAGGCUUGCCUCGUCCACAGUUCGAGGCUUGGCACCUCGUCGUGGAAUGCGGACCACACCUCUAAGGGCUGCUGCAGCUUCCAGUGAUGAUCGUCCAAGGACCCAGAACAUGUGUCAAGGAGAAAAGGUGAGUUUGUUCUCGAAGUCCGAAGUCGAGAAUCGCCUUGGGAAACUCCGGGCCUACAUGGCGCAGAAUGAGAUCGGCGCAUGCGUGAUGACGUCAUAUCCCAACAUCAACUACUUUAGCGGCGGAUUUCAAUUCUGUUAUUUUGGGCGUGACUACGGGUUAGUGAUCACUCCCGAUAAGGUUACGACUGUCUCAGCCGGUAUUGAUGGCGGUCAGCCGUGGCGACGUUCAUAUGGCGACUGCAUCACAUACACUGAUUGGCGGAAUGAUAACUACUACUUCUGCGUCAAGAAACUUCUCGAAGGCGUCAAGGGGAAAAUCGGCAUCGAGUUCGACCACGUGAACCUUGACAACUACAAGAGAUUGGACAAUACUCUGCCUGAUAACCCAAAAGUUGACGUUGGCCUCCCAACGCAGAAGAUGCGCAUGAUCAAGUCUGCAGAAGAGAUUGAUAUCAUCCGGCAGGGGGCGCGGAUUUGUGAUAUAGGUGGCGCUGCAAUAGUUGAGGCUUUAAAGGAGGAUGUUCCAGAGCAUGAGGUUGCUCUUGCUUCCACUAGGGCUAUGGUGAGAGAGAUUGCCAAGACGUAUCCUAACAGCGAAUUGCUCGACACAUGGACCUGGUUCCAGUCUGGCAUCAACACAGAUGGUGCCCACAACCCUGUGACAUCACGGAGGGUCCAGAAGGGAGACAUCCUCAGUCUUAGCUGCUUCCCGAUGAUUCAAGGGUACUACACCGCCCUUGAGCGCACCCUAUUCCUGAACCACGCCACCGACGAGAAUAUCGAUAUCUGGGAAAAAAACUGCCAGGUUCAUCGAAGAGGCCUUGAGCUGAUCCGCCCAGGAGCCAAGUGUUCCGAGAUCGCCCACGAACUGAACGACAUUUACAGGCAGGUCGGCCUCCUGAAGUACAGAAGCUUUGGCUAUGGCCACUCGUUUGGCGUGCUGUCCCAUUACUACGGGCGAGAGGGUGGUUUGGAGCUGAGGGAACACAUCGACACCGUGCUGGCACCUAACAUGGUGAUGGCGAUGGUACCGAUGGUGAUGAUCCCUGAGGGUCAGCCGGGAGCCGGCGGGUACAGGGAACACGACAUUCUCAUCGUGAAGGAAGACGGCGCGGAGAAUAUCACAAAGUUUCCCUUUGGACCGGAGAAACUUAUCAUCAAAGCAUGAGUGGGUCGCAAUCAUUUGUAUCUUUUGCGAAUAGGAGCUGGAAUUCGAGUUAUCGUCAAUGUUGAAUAUGGCAACUGUCAUUCUGGUUUCUAGGGCCGGUGUAGAAGUUUAAAAUGUCCUAGGAUAAAAUGUCCGGGAACAAAGGAUUCUAUUAUGCGCUGAGCUAUUGACGGUCAUUGGGAACCGUAUGUGUUGCCCUCUGGUCGGACAGUUUGACCUCUACACAGGACAUGUGUCAACUGCCAGAAAUGACACAGGUCAUGUGUAGUAGGCGAACAUUUCCCCCUGGAAAGUGUCCAGCGUUAUUCCUUUCUGGCGGAUUAUGGUACAUUGCUGCAUAACCGCAUAACAGAAUCCUUUGUUUACCGGCCGACAUUCUAUCCUUUGACAUGUAAAACGUCAUCGCCGGAAGUAACUUGUGUGUAUCAAUAAACUUAUCAAGUGGAGUCAUGUUUUCAGUGUAUGAUCAAUCGAUUAUGUCAGCCAACCCCACCUGCUAGCGCCUGGUCAAUCCUUUGAUCGGCCGGUUUCCAUUGAAAGCGCAUCAUUUAAAGAGAUCCAUUCGUGGCACCAGUCAUUAUUUAGACCAGCUAAACGUAGUAAAAAUAACUAAGUAAAGAGACAAUAUAUAAAUUGAAAUCAGGACUAUGAAUGUUUCUUGUUUACCGGCUCAUUGGUAAACUAUCGAGGACACUUUUCUUGGAUGCAGACAUGUGCAUGUUUACUCCAUAUUUGAUGCUACGAAAUUCCACAGUGUAUAUUGGAACGGAUGUUUAAUCUGAAAUACAGUUUGUUUGAAUGUGAUUGAUUUACCUAUAGUUUAGGUCAACUUGUAUGAUUUUACACAUACAAUCUUUUAAUUUUUCAACUAUCGUCAUCGAAAUGUUUGAUAGUUAUACGGUGUGCAGCUGAUGCUCCCCUAGGUUUCAUCAGUGAGGGGGUAUGUUGAGGAGAAAAAUACUUUUUCAAGUUUAGUUUUUAGGGUCAUCACCAACGUACCAACAUCUUUAGUGUGACGACCGGACAUGCCUUUGAACUUUCCGAGAAUUGUUUGUCUCUUUAAAGAUGACCAUCCUCCUGUUAGUGUUAGUAGCGUACCUUAGUAUGUUUUUUAUUCAAUUAGUCAUAAUAUUCUUAGAAUCGGUUGUUUCGUACCUCGUGUCAGACUAGAAUUUAGAGAGAUUAGUUCAAGCGAUUGACCAAGACGGUCAUCUUAUAAAUUUCGGAAUAAAAUAUCGAUAUAGUAUACAGAAUUUCA